AUGGCAGGAUUAUCUGUAUCAGAAGAACUUCUGCGAUUCGUCUUUAUUGUUGCGAAUAUUAUUCUUUGGGGUAUCGGAGUUUCCUUAACCGCUGUCGGAAUUUACUCGAUUGUCAGUGUUCGGGAUUACGAAGAGUUUGACGUCUCCUAUAUUACUAACGGCUCAGGGGUUUUAAUAGCCCUUGGGUUGCUGAUUUUCAUAGUAGGGUUUCUUGGUUGUUAUGGAGCCUUCUCCAAAAGUGCGUGCAUGUUGUACGGCUUCGGAGUUUUCCUGUUCAUCUUGUUUUGCGUGGAAGUUUCCAUGGGAUUUUACCUGUUAAAGAACAAAGAUGCAGCCAUGGAAGUUUUUGAGAAGAGUUUGAAAAAAUCGAUGGAACAGUACAGUACGGAUAAACCUACUAAGAGAGCUUGGGAUCACAUCCAAAGGGGCUUCCGAUGUUGUGGCACCAGCGGUCCGGCUUCCUGGAACGACACACUCGGAUCCGGCAACGUCCCCGACUCCUGCUGCGUCAACAACACAGUCGGAUGCGGCACUGGAUACCCGGACAGCGGAGUCGCCAUCUUUUACGACUUAUGUGUCCACGAAGUCGAAGCCGAGAUUAACCGACAUGUUCUCGUGAUGGCACUCGUCGCGAUCAUCUUGGGAAUGUUGCACUGGUUCGGAAUUGUAAUCGCAUGUUGUUUGGGCAACGUGUUCAAACAGUUCCAGUCUCUGGAAUCUGAUUAA